UUGUCAUUCAGGCACGACUCUGAGAAGUGGUCAAGUUGUCUCAAGCGUGUUUAUUCUGACGCUGCAAAGAAAAGAAAUUGCUGUGUUUCUCUGAAGAUUGAAACUCCAGUUUAAGACUAGCUUCAUCAGUAGAGCAGAUAACAAAAAUGCCAGCUUCUCUAAGAAAACUGCAGCAAAUGGCUAUUUUCAUGGGACUGUUCAGCGGCGGGGGAUGCAUCGUGAUGUAUAAUCUUAUGCAAAAAGGUUUUGCCAGGACCCAGUACUACCAGCAGGCUUUGGAGCAACUGAAUAGCAGUCCUGAUGCCCUGGAAGCCCUGGGUGCCCCCCCUCUCAAGGUUCACAACAUCCGACUGACAGAUGGGAGUAACCGUGUGGACACAGAAAGAGCACAGAUAAAGUUACCAGUAUCUGGAACAAAAUCAGCGGGGUACCUCUACAUUAACUCAGAGAUGGACCAUUCCCGCCAAUGCUGGUGCCUUCAGGAUGUCACCUUGAAACUGCAGGACGGGCAGAUUAUUCCUGUUUACCACUCCCCAGUGGAGAGCAUCAGUGUGCAAGAAGCCUAAAAAUCAAAAGCAGCUGCUUCUCCACCUCCCACUGAGCUGAAGGAGUCAUUAAUCGAUCGCAUCCCACUGUGCCCAUAGAUGUACACAGUUGUCACAAGUGACAAUUUCACUUAAGUGGGUGCUCUCAGGACAAUUUAUCUGAGAUUGACCUCAUCAUUGUAAUUUCUUUCUUUUGCUGGUUUACUCAUAUGUUCAGCAGAGCCUAAAAUAAAGAUACUGCAAAAGA